GAGACGGGCGGCGCUAGGACCGCGAGGCAGCAGUGACGGUGCGCGGAGGGCGGAUGCCAGCCGGAGGUGGGGAUGUGACAUUGGAGAGGAGUAGGAAGAGGAGAGGAGAGGAGAGCCGGUAGCGGCGGCGGCGGCAGCAGACAGAGCAGUGCAGGGCAAUGCUACAGCACGGGGACAGCUGAGGGACAGCAGGCGACAUCCAGAUACCGGGGCACUUCAGCUGAGAGGCGUGUCACACCAGUAUUGAUCGGCAAGGGCAUCCCGCCACCAGGCAUCUCAUGAACAUGUCAGUCCUGGCUUUGCAAGAAUACGAAUUUGAACGCCAGUUCAAUGAGAAUGAAGCCAUUCAGUGGAUGCAAGAAAACUGGAAGAAAUCCUUCUUGUUCUCAGCUUUGUACGCCGCCUUCAUAUUUGGUGGCCGUCACCUGAUGAAGCAGAGGGAAAAAUUUGAGCUGCGCAGACCGCUGGUGCUGUGGUCGCUGAGCCUCGCCGUGUUCAGUAUUUUUGGUGCUGUCCGGACCGGAGGCUACAUGGUGUACAUCCUGAUGACCAAAGGGCUGAAGCAAUCGGUCUGUGACCAGAGCUUCUACAACGGACCAGUCAGUAAAUUCUGGGCAUACGCAUUCGUGCUCAGUAAGGCCCCGGAGCUCGGAGACACCAUCUUCAUUAUUCUUCGGAAACAGAAGCUCAUCUUUCUGCACUGGUACCACCACAUCACGGUGCUGCUCUACUCCUGGUACUCCUACAAGGACAUGGUGGCGGGCGGCGGCUGGUUCAUGACCAUGAACUACUUGGUGCACGCUGUCAUGUACUCUUACUACGCCUUGCGGGCUGCUGGCUUCCGCGUCUCCCGCAAGUUCGCCAUGUUCAUCACUCUGACUCAGAUCACCCAGAUGGUGGUGGGCUGUGUGGUCAACUACCUGGUCUUUUCCUGGAUGCAGCAAGGGCAGUGCCCGUCCCACGUGCAGAACAUCAUCUGGUCCUCACUCAUGUAUCUCAGCUACUUUGUGCUCUUCUGUCAGUUCUUCUUCGAGGCCUACGUGCACAAGACCCGAAAAGCUGCAGGCAAGGCCGAGUAGAGCCGGGACGGGAGCUGUGCCAUCACCGCGGAGGGGGACAGGGAGGGGUGGGCAGGGGUUGGGGAAUCGAACUCCAUUGUGGGGGUCCAAAGUGGCUCUGCCUGUACAGGGGAGCCGGUGAAGGACAAACACACUGACUGAACGACGGUUCCUUCUGGACCUGACUUAUGGUGACGGUGACACAAAAGAGCCACACGUGACCAAGUGGAGAGGCCAGUUCACCACCUGAGGGGAUGCACAACUUGGACAUUGGGGGGGCAGGGGGGGUGUUGGGUAGUUUAGCGUCAUUCGCUCCGAGUGAACAGGUGACUCUUUGGUGGUCUGA